GUAUUGGCUGUGAGCGAUCCGCCGCAAGGUUGGCGUCAUGGAAGCCGCGGUCCUGGCCGUGGCUCUGGGGUUCCUACUCCUGGCCAGGGGCUCGGUGGGCGACGAGGCUCGGGAGACCGAGGCCGUACGGCAGCUGGUGGUCCGGCUGCUGGGACCCGAGCCGGCGGCCGAUUUCUUGGUGUCUGUAGAGCGCGAGCUGGCGACCGAGGCGGGUCUGGACACCUACAAGCUGAGCGGCGGCGGCUCAGGGAUCCCGGUGCGCGUGCGCGGCUCCACGGGCGUGGCAGCCGCCGCGGGGCUGUACCGCUACCUGCGCGACUUCUGCGGCUGCCAGGUGGCCUGGUCCGGCUCUCAGCUGCGCCUGCCGCGGCCGCUGCCCGCCCUGCUCCAGGAGCUGACCGAGGCCACGCCCAACAGGUACCGCUACUACCAGAAUGUGUGCACGCACAGCUACUCCUUCGUGUGGUGGGACUGGGCUCGCUGGGAGCAAGAGAUUGACUGGAUGGCGCUGAAUGGCAUCAACCUGGCACUGGCUUGGAGUGGCCAGGAGGCCAUCUGGCAGCGGGUAUACCUGAUCUUGGGCCUGACCCAGUCAGAGAUUGAUAAACACUUCACCGGUCCUGCCUUCUUGGCCUGGGAGCGCAUGGGUAACCUGCACACCUGGGGUGGCCCCCUGCCCCGCUCCUGGCACCUCAAGCAACUCUACCUGCAGCAUCGGAUCCUGGACCGGAUGCGCGCCUUUGGCAUGAUCCCAGUGCUGCCUGCCUUCGCAGGGCAUGUCCCCAAAGCCAUCACCAGGGUGUUCCCACAGGUGAAUGUCUUCCAGUUGGGCAGCUGGGGACACUUCAAUUGCUCCUACUCCUGCUCCUUCCUUCUGGCCCCAGGAGAUCCUGUGUUUCCCCUCAUCGGGAGCCUCUUCCUAAGAGAGCUGAUCAAAGAGUUUGGCACAGAUCAUAUCUAUGGGGCUGACACCUUCAACGAGAUGCAGCCUAUCUCCUCGGAUCCCUCCUUCCUCACCGCAGCCACUGCAGCCGUCUAUGAGGCCAUGAUUUCGGUGGACCCUGACGCUAUAUGGCUGCUCCAAGGCUGGCUUUUCCAGCACCAGCCUCAGUUCUGGGGCCCUGCUCAGGUCAAGGCUGUACUGCAAGCUGUGCCCCGUGGUCGUCUCCUGGUUCUGGACCUGUUUGCUGAGAGUCAUCCCGUUUACAUGCAAACAGCCUCCUUCUACGGCCAGCCCUUCAUCUGGUGCAUGCUUCACAACUUUGGGGGCAACCACGGUCUGUUUGGAGCCCUGGAGGCUGUGAACCAAGGCCCCAGGGCAGCCCGCAUCUUCCCCAACUCCACCAUGGUCGGCACUGGCAUAGCCCCUGAGGGAAUCGGCCAGAAUGAAAUGGUCUAUGCUCUCAUGGCUGAGCUGGGCUGGCGCAAGGACCCUGUGCCAGAUUUGGAGGUCUGGGUGAGCCGCUUCGCCAGCCACCGAUACGGGAUGUCCCAUCCAGAUGCAGAGGCAGCCUGGAGACUGCUGCUCAGGAGUGUCUACAACUGCCCUGGGGAAACGUACAAUGGGCACAACCGAAGCCCGCUGGUCAAGCGGCCAUCCCUACAGAUAAAUACCAUAGUCUGGUACAACCGAUCAGAUGUAUUUGAGGCUUGGCGACUGCUGUUAACAGCUGCUCCAAACCUGACUACCAGCAAAGCCUUCCGCUAUGACCUGCUGGAUGUCACCCGCCAAUCGCUGCAGGAGCUGGUCAGUUUGUUCUAUGAGGAGGCAAGGAUCGCCUUCAUGAAAGAGGAGCUUGAUCUCCUGCUCAGGGCUGGAGGCAUUAUCACCCGUAAACUCCUACCUGCUCUGGAUGAGCUGCUGGCGAGCGACAGCCGCUUCUUGCUGGGCACCUGGUUGAAUCAGGCCCGAGCAAUGGCUGUGAGUGAAGAUGAGGCCCAGUUUUAUGAACUGAACAGCCUCUACCAGCUGACCCUGUGGGGGCCUGAGGGUAACAUUAUGGACUAUGCCAAUAAGCAGCUGGCAGGACUGGUGGCUGAUUACUACCAGCCACGCUGGGGUCUCUUCAUGGAGGCCCUGGCUCACAGCCUGGCCAGAGGUGUCCCCUUCCGACAGCAUGAGUUUGAGAAGAAUGUUUUCCCACUGGAGCUGGCCUUCAUCAUCAACAAGAAGAGGUAUCCUAGUCAUCCCCAAGGGGACACUGUGGACCUAUCCAAGAAGCUCUUCCUCAAAUAUCACCCCCAGGCAGGCUCUUUGUGACAGAUCAGCCAUCUGGGGACCUGCUGGAACAGGUCUUCAAACCUGAAAAAGCACAGGAUGGUCCCUACGCCUGGGGGAAGGAGCCAGAGUCAGCCAGUGAGUGACGCAGAUGGCCUGGAGGGAAAUGAGCUGCUCUAUUCCUCCACUCCAGAUCUCGGGGUUAAAGUACUAUUUUCUGUUAGCAAUAAACUGCUGAAUCAGC